UCGUUCUCCAUCUGCUCCCAAAACCCUGAGUGAUCUCAAGGAAGCCAUAGAUGAUUUGUCUAAAAUGUAUAGGCAAAGUGCAGAAACUUUAAACUCCGCUUUAGAAGAUGCCUUAAAAGAUGGAAGCGUUGUUUUCAAACCUUUGCUUGUUGUAGUAGAACAGCUUAUCAAAGCAGGUGGGGAGAAGGUUGGGAUGAGCUAUCUGGAGAAGACGAUUGAUAAUACCCUGGGUAUGAUGCUUCUGAGCCUUGUGCAGAUAAGAUUAGAUUCAACUAAGGAUUGGAACGUUGGUUUAUUUGAAGAUCUGAUCUUAAAAUCUGAGGCUCUAGCAAAAGAUUUUACACAAAAUGGCAGGAAAUUAACCAUUCAGGAGUUCUGGAAAUCAACACUUAAUAAAAUGGGAAAAAUUGGAGAAGUUAAAGAUUUUGUGUCGAAAGAUAAAAUUCGACUGAUUGCCUCAACUAUGCACAAACUAAUGGAUAUCGAGGAAACCCCUGAUUUGGUUGAUGUAUUAAGAGGGCUGGCUGCCGGCAGAAACUAGUUUUGUUUUGGUUUUAUACUUCAAUUCUAAUUCAAUAAAUGGUUUGUUACGAAA